AUGAGUUCGACAUCGAAAAUAUCUCGAGAAACAAUCACUAAAUGCCUCGAUCAGUUAUUGACAUAUUCUCAUCAUGACCACAAGCGAAAUUUUCUUGAAACAGUGGAAUUACAAGUCGUCCUGAAGAAUUAUAAUACAUCACGUGAGAAGCGUUUCAGCGGUUCGCUUCGUUUACCACAUGUGAUUCGUCCUCGUUAUAAAAUUUGUCUUUAUGGUGAUGAAAAGCAUUGUGACGAAGCCCGACUGAAUCAAAUUGCUUGUAUGUCUGUCGAGGAUUUAAAAAGUUUGAACAAAAAUCGGAAAAAAAUCCGCCAAAUCGAUCACAAAUAUCACGCUUUUCUCGCAUCCGAAACAAUCAUUCGACAAAUACCACGUUUGUUCGGUCCGUGUCUUAGCAAAGUCAGUAAAUUUCCAACGUUACUCACGCAUAACGACAACUUAGUCGACAAAGUUCGACAGAUCAAAUCAACCUUACGUAUACAACUAAAAAAACAUCCGAAUAUCAGUGUAGCUAUCGGACAUGUUGAUAUGACUAUCGAGGAGCUGCUAACAACGACAACGAUGUCGGUUAAUUUCAUUGUUGGAUUAGUGAGAAAAAAAUGGCAGAAUAUCGACAAGAUUUUCAUUAAAAGUACAAUGGGAAAAUGUCAUCGUCUUUAUUAA